ACGAAGAAACCAAUACACCUCAAUAUUCUACUUUAAAACUUUUUUUUCCACUAUGGGGCAUUUCAUCAAGCAAGUGGUGUGCAUUUUGUUCUUGGUGAUUUCUACUCCAUUUGUGCAAAUUGAAGCUAGAAAUAGCAAGUUUAUGAUCAUUCCUACAUCUCCUUCACCUGCUCCUACUCCGAUUUCUAAUGAAAUUAGUUUUCCCCCUUUUUCAUCGUUAAGUCCAACUUCGUCACCAACACCAGCACCAGCACCAACACCGGACUUUAAUGAUUUUGGAUUUCCUCCGUUGUCGUCUUUAAGUCCAACACCAUCACCAUCACCAGGAGGGGAUGAUCAAGAUCCUGGCUUGCCAACACCGGCGGGGGCACCGGAGGAAGGUGACAUUGAAGCACCAGCACCACUUUUGAGUGACACUCCUUAUGGACUUUAUGGUCCUCAUUCUCAGAAAGUUCCUUCUACUACUCUCACGAAUUUUGAUCAUGAUGUAGAAACUCAAACUCCUGCCAAGGAAUUCCAAGGUGCCCGUUUCAACACGGACGAGUCCUACAACAACAACAAUAACAAUGGAUACUCUGAUAAUUACAACUACGAUAAUGGCUACUCUGAGAACAACAAUGGCUAUUCCCAAAAUUACAACAACAACAACAAUGCUGUUUUCUCGGAGAAUUACAACAACAACAACAAUGAUUUCUCCGAGAAAUACAACAACAACAACAAAGACUACUAUGAGAAUUACAACAACAACAACGACAAUAGCUACUUCAAGAAUUACAACAACAACAACAACAAUGGGUUCUCCGAGAAUUACAACAACAACAAUGGUUUCUCUGAGCAUUACAACAACAAUGACUUCUCUGAGAAUUACAACACUAACAACAAUAAUGUUUUCUCCGAGAAUCACAACAACAACGGUUUCUCCAAUAGUUACAACAACAACAACAACAAUGGAUACUCCGAGAAUAUGUCAGAGAGGCAAGGAUUAAGCGACACAAGAUUCUUGAACAAUGGCAAGUACUACUAUGACAUCAAGAAUGAGAAUCCCAACAACAACAACAACGAUCAUGCUAGCAGCUACAAUAACAAUGCCAAUAUGAUGGAAAGGCAAGGAUUGAGUGACACGAGAUUUUCGGACAAUGGCAACUACUUUUAUGGUAAAAAUGGUGAGAAAAUGACCAUGGAAGAGUUCAAAAGACAACAGGACACUGAGGAUCAGUAUGAACUUCCUUGAAGAUAAAAAAAUUAUCAAUUGGUUCAGAACACAAGGACAAAAGCAGGGGAUAUUCAAAUAGAUUUUACAUUGAAUUUAAAGUUAUUUUGAGUGAGUGUUUGUGUAUUAGUUCUACUUGUGUCUGCAAACACCUUUUUUUUUUUUUAUAGUUCUACAAAUCAGACCAAGGGAACUUUGUGUUGUUUAACACUUUUGAAUUUUU